UGUUACAGUUAUUACAAUUUCGAAGCAAACUUGACGUAGUCUGACUCUGGACGAAUAUAUUUAAAUCAAAGUUUCUCAAGUUUAUGAGGUAAAUUAGCUACAGAGGAUAAACUCAUGAUGACAGAUUCACAUACAGGAUCCUGCAGCACCGUUUCAUCUUUAUUUUCAGUGUCUCUGUUGUCCGUGAUCAAACAGUUGCCAUGUUUCCUAUCACAGCUUGACAACCUGCCAAUCAACGUCAAAGACAACCUUCUUCAUCUAAUGUCCAAGAGAGGGUUACUUACAGACACUAAUGUGGCAAAGGUCGUCCAUAAGCGUACCAAGAUCCUAGACCUUAGUGAGUCGGCUGUCAGCGACAAAGCUCUGCUCAGAUUGGGAGCAUGCAGGAACUUGAGAAAGAUCGAUCUCAACUCUGCCAAAGGAGAAAGGACAGAGAUCACUGAUCAAGGUGUCCAAGCCCUGGCCACUUCCUGCCCACACCUGAUGAUUGUUUAUCUCCGCCGCUGUGUCAGUCUUGGUGAUCCCUCUACCAUCGCCUUGGCUCGGUCUUGUCAUCGUCUCACGGAACUCAACCUGGGAGGUUGUAUCAGACUGACGGAUGCCUCUCUCCAAGCUAUCGGCAAGCAUUGUACCAUGCUGAAGAGCUUGAAUGUCUCUAGGACAAAGGUUACAGAUGAGGGUAUUUUCAGCUUGUGUAACGGUGCCUGCCAGCAAUCCUUGAAUGAAGUUCACAUGAAUAAUUGCGUCCAUCUCUCGGAUGAGGCGGUAGAAGCGGUCGUCAACUUCUGCCCAAAGAUUGCUAUUCUUCUGUUCCAUGGUUGCCCAUGCAUUACAGAUAGAUCAAGGCAAGCUUUGGAGAUGAUACAAGGAUCCGGCUCCAAGAUGAAACAGGUAACAUGGACCAUCUACUAAUCGUAUCAUGUGAUACUGUACCAUGUCAUGUGAUUAGUCAUGUGAUCCAUAAUGGCCAUGAAUAUGUGACACCAUUUGUUUAAGAGCCUCUGUUAAUUAACUCAUUGUUUGAUUUGUUUUGUCUCACUUCUAAUUAUCUGGUUAUUUAUAAUGAACUUACAACAUACAUUUUGAGAUAUCUAGUAAUUCGGAAUAAAUUAUCCUCUAGUAAUAUUUGUGUUGAGAAACCCACAAGUCUUUAAAGGGAAAGUACCCGUUUUGUUACAUGGUAACAUAAUUAUUGUGAUAUGAAUCGAUUGAAUAGUGAAUUAUUUUGUCAUUCCAUUGGGCUUAUACAAGACUACACUGCCUAGAAAGUUGCAUUAUGGGUAAUUAACCUUGUUGCCCGUUGCAGAAAGAGUUGCGUUUGAACGCAAGCCAAAAAAUCAAUU